AUGCAGCGUAUGCUAGCUGAUGUUCUUCUCUGCCGCUAUAGGUUCUCCUUCCCUGCGCUACUUCUCCUCAUCCUAGUAGAUGUAAUAUCAGCGCAAACGGGCCCGACGAGAUGGACAGCAUCACCGUUCAACUCACCCGCCCUUCCCCUCGCUGUUAGGUCGCCGUAUCUCAAUGUUUGGCUACCCCAAGGAAACAACCCGCCCCAGGCUAACGAGACUGACAAUAGACUUUGGGACUACAAUUUGCCCAUACAAUGGUACGCCAGCGUUGUGGUAGAUGCUGUUGAGUACAGGUUGCUCAGCUUGUGGGCACAAGGGGAGCAGGGAGCGGUCCAGAAAGCUGUAGAGUUUACAGCAACAAGGACGUCCUUCCUCAUGGAGGCGGGGGGUGUCGAAUUCAAUGUAACCUUCCUGAGCCCAAUUGAGCCGAACGACUUCAGCCGCCAGUCGCUGCCGUUUUCGUAUUUGUACAUGACCGCACGGGCAACGGAUGGGCAACAGCACAGGGUACGGAUGUAUUCUGAUAUCGAGGGCAACAUCGCAGCCGGCGACACGAGCCAAGUCAUCCAAUGGGAUGCUGAUGACACCGACGACUAUGUCGUCCUAAGCACCCAGCUGCGGAACCAGAAGCCAUUCGUGGAGACGCGGAAUAUCGCGCAGGAUGCCACGGUCUAUUAUUCGUUCAAAAAGGUCAGCUACGAAUCUCUGAAUUCUAUCAAAGGAUUCACUGCGUCCUGGAGAAUCUCCGGCUUCAACUCAGCGCGAGGUCUCCUGUUCUCCCAACCAGUUAACGGAAACCUUGGCAACACCCAAGAGACGAAUUUCCGCGCUCCCUCAUCAGGAAAUGACACCCCUGUUUUGGGUAUCUCUAUCGACUGGGGCAAUAUCACCUCGACGUCGGAAGCUGCUGUGUGGUCAUUUGGAGUGUACCGCAAUCCCUCAAUGCAGUAUCUGAUGUCCGACGGUUCGUUCCAGCAGCGAAGUCCGUAUUUCAUGUCUACUAUCACGAAACCUCUUGACGCUCCAAAGUUCGUCCUGGACGAUUUUCCCCGCGCCCUCGCCGCCGCCAUCGACUUCGACACAAAGCUCCGUGCGGAAGGAACCGCCGUCUCGUCGAAAUACGCGGACUUGCUGGCUCUGACGGCGAGGCAAGUCAUGGGGGCUAUGGAUAUCACUAUUCCACCGGCGAAGGAUGGGGCUUGGGACAUUAAGGAUGUGAAGAUAUUCAUGAAGAAUUUAGGGAGUGUUGGUUCGGAUAAUGGAGGCCAAGCCAGUGUUAAUAAUGUCGGCACUCUAUACGCCGCCUUCCCCGCCUUCCUGUACCUCAAUCCCGAUAUUGGGGGAUACCUCCUCGCUCCUCUCCUCGAAUUCCAGGAAUCGAAGACAUAUACAUUGCCCUACGCCGCAAAAGAUAUGGGUUCUGGGUUUCCGAAUGCUAUUGGUGACGGGUCGAACGAUCCUCAUACAUUUGGGAUCGACGACACCGCCGGCAUGCUCAUCAUGACCCUCGCAUAUGCCAUGGCCUCCGGAAACGGCACUCUCAUUGCCAACCACUACGGUUUACUACGCCGCUGGGGCGAGUGGCUCGGGAACAACACUGUUACACCCUUCCAUCAAUCUUCUGGAGAUUUCAGCAUCAGCGCCGACUCCAGCACCGCAAACCAGACCAACCUCGCUCUCAAAGGAAUCAUCGGUAUCGCUGCGAUGUCCAAAAUCGCCGAUGCGGCAGGUGAAACUUCUGAUCGUGAUAGGUUCAACGCGACAGCGCAUACCGCAAUCGACCUCUGGCAAAAGGAAGCUGUGUCUUCUUCGUCCGUCAACUUUGUGUACGGAUCGAGCGAUAAUAGCGCGCUGAUAUACAACCUCUAUGCCGACAAGCUGCUGAAGCUCAACCUCGUUCCGGACUCGGUGUACACGCUCCUGACGUCAUUCUACCAAUCUUCAGCUGGAAGUAUGAAAUACGGCAUCCCGCUGAGCAGCCAGCCUUCUCAAAACACCUCCACGAACUGGAUGAUGUUCGCUGCAUCGACUACCACAAACAAUGCCACUCGAGACGUCCUGAUUUCGCAAGUCUAUGAAUAUGCAUCCAGCAGUCUCAACAACGCGCCGUUUUCCUCGCUUUAUAAUCCUUCUACUGGCGUCGGGUCUAGUAGCCAGGGCACUGGCUCAGGAAGAGCAAGUCCUGCUCAGGGUGGUUUAUUCGCACUGCUAGCACUUGGGACUACGUCAAAAUCGAUCAACCUAACCUCCGUCUCAUCAGGAUCCUCAUCACCUACCUCCUCGAAAAUCAGCCCCGGCGUUAUCGCAGGAGUUGUCAUAGCAGCGAUCGCCGCCCUCGCUUGCUCCAUCGUCCUGGGGAUAAUCAUAUUCAGACGGCACCGGCACCGCCGUGAGGAGCUUCAACGUGAAUCGGGCCGUCGCACCCCCCAAGGCAUCUUGGCCGAAGCGCAAACCGUUGAGCCUAAUUGGUUACUAUCGCAGCCGCUCACUGGGGGUACCAAUAACGCGCCGAACUCGAACACGAACUCGGCCUCGAACUUGGUGGCGUAUCGUGAUAAUGCGAAUUACCGUCACGCACCGCCGGGCACGCAGACGUCGAUGUCUAUGUCGCACGCUCCCUCGAGCUCCUCGCGCUCUCUGUCGGCGGAUUGGACCGCUGAUAGCUUGUUCACUGACGCUACCGCGCCGCCGCCGCCGCCGCCUCGGACGGGGAGACUGGACUCCAAGUCGGCUAGAAUCGAUGCAGAACAUCGGGACGCUGAGUAUUCCGCUACGGAAUUCUCUUCGCCUACUCAGACCUCAGGCAGUGGUGGCACGAGAGGGAGGCUGGGGUCGUUGCAGCUACAGCAGGAGCUGGACUCUUUGCGGCGCGAUGUCGAGCGGAUGAGGCAGGAGCGGUCGCUGCUUGCGCUUUCUGGAGAUCAUCACGAUGUCCCACCGCCUUCGUAUUCUGGUUGA